AAGAGGAACAAUCCGUUCGAGACUCCCGCUCUCUCUCUCUUGCACCCACACUCUCGCUCUCCCUCUCAACCACUCUCCUCAAUGGAGGCCAUCAGGAGAAAGCAGCCCACAGGUCUGGCCAAAGGCAGAGUGGGUAAAGGGGAGUCCAUGGAGGAGGGGAUGGAGUCACCUGGGGACCGAGAGGAGGAAGGAGAUGACUUCAUCUUUAAAGCCAUUACAGCUAAACAUGACCCAUUGAGAGACGAGGAGGUAGCUGCCAGACUGGGAUCCUCCCCCGGAGCAGAGGAGGAGCUAAACGGAACCUAUGAGAGCGCAGAGGUGGGAAACGGACACCAGUGCCCCACCCCCCUGGCCUCCCAGGGCGACAAGUCUCAGGUGGUCACAGAGAAUGGGAUGUUGGAGACCGACCCACCUCACGGUUCCAUCACCGGGAGUAAUGGAUACAUCCUCAGCAAGCAGCAGCAGGAGGGGGGGUCUUCAACGGGGACAGGCUCGGUGGCUUCCCCACACAGGACUAGCUGGUUGCCCUCCGGCACCACAAUGGUGGGACACACCACCAAAACCUUCCUGUCCUCCGCAUCAGGGCACGCCCACAGUCCUGGCGCACUAAGAACUGACACCCACCAGGCCGGCUCCCCGUCGGGACAGGGGGGCUCAGACACAGAGACUAAAAAUGGCACGUCCCCUAGCGACUCCCCCGCCCCUUCUCCGCUGUCCAUCGCCAUACACCGAGCCCGCAAGACCAUGUCCAGGCCAGCGUCCAACCAGACACUAAAGCUUCUAAACAGGGAAUUAAAAGAACCAAACGGUGCAGACGAGGAGAGUCAGAAUGGACCAGAGGAGGAGAAGACAUCCCCCUCCCAGAACCAGCUACCUCAGAGCCAAAACGACGUGCCGGCUGCAGCCACAGCCAAGUCCCAGACAGCAGCGUCGGCAUCGAGGAAGAAGAAACGGAAGAUGGGAACAUACAGUCUGGUCCCCAGGAAGAAAACCAAAGUGCUGAGGCAGCUGACAGUGCUGGAGAUGUUUAGUCAUCUUCAACAAUCGACUCAAAGCACACAGCCUAAAGAGGUAGCACACAUCAACGGGGAAAGGAUGGAGAAUGAGUCAGAGGAGGAAGAUUUGGAAGAUGGAGAGGAAUGGGAGGAAGAGGAGGAACAGGGUGGAGAGGAAGGUGUCCCCACAGGCCAGGAGAAGAGUCGAACAUCAAGCCCUGCCGUUCAGGGAGAGGAGCCAGACUCUGAGGAAUCCGCUGAAGAGGAAGAGGAAGAAGAGGAGAACGAGUCAGACUUGAGCUCGGAAUCCAGUGUGAAGAAGAGAUUGAAAAAGAAAGUAAAGGGAGACAACGCCUGGCUCCGGCCGUCCAGGAAACGGAAAAGGAAGCCCAAGCCCAAGACUGAGGGACUCCCUGGCACAGGGCCCCAGCCCCAGGCCAGCCUCAAUAAGGAGUACACAGAGGUUCCCCUCCACUUAUUCAACCUCAAAGCCCAGGAGAAGCUGCUCUCCUCACUGCACACAGGAGUUUCUGGGGCUGUGGGAAGUGUGGAGCCAGAGAUGGUGCAGGAGCUGUCCCUCUGCAGCUGUCGCAUGGAGACGCCUAAGAGUCGGGAGAUCCUCACGCUGGCUGACAGGAAGUGCAUGGCCACGGAGAGCGUCGACCGACAGCUGAGCCGGUGUCAGAGUGCGGUUCUAAAGCAUGAGAUGAUGCGUCCCUCAAAUUCUGUGCAGCUGCUGGUGCUGUGUGAGGACCACCGGGCUGGCAUGGUCAAGCACCAGUGCUGCCCCGGCUGUGGCUUCUUCUGCAGUGCCGGGACCUUCAUGGAGUGCCAACCAGACAUCAACAUCUCUCACCGUUUCCACCGGGCCUGUGCCUCGGUGCUGAAGGGCCAGACCUUCUGUCCACAUUGUGGGGAGGAGGCUAGCAAGGCCAAGGAGGUCACCAUCGCCAAGGCCGACACCACCUCCACCGUGCCCGCCACACAUGCUUCACAUGACCCUGCCACACCCAGGACCGCAGAGGGCAGGGCAGACACCACCACUGGAGGUCCAUCCCGUCUCUCUGUGGGAGGUGAUCUGAGUGGCCAAGCAGACAGCUCUCUCUCCAUCCCACCUGGGCACACACUGGACACCACCUUCCCUGGGGGCUCCAGAACCGGAGUACUGCCUCCUGCUGUGGGCAUGGGGAUCGGCAUAGGAGUGGGAACCGCCCCUAAAGAGACCUUGGAGAGCAUCCUGCUGGCACUGGACACAGAGAAGCCCAAGAAGCUGCGGUUUCACCCCAAGCAGCUGUUUAUCUCUGCUAAACAGGGGGAAAUACAGAAGGUCUUGCUCAUGCUGGUGGAUGGGAUAGACCCUAACUUUAAGAUGGAGAGCCAGAGCAGGCGCACCCCCCUCCAUGUGGCAGCUGAGGCAGGCCACCAGGAGAUCUGUCACCUGCUGGUUCAGUCUGGUGCUAACCUGGACAUCUGUGAUGAGGACCAGCGCACGCCCCUGAUGGAGGCCUGUGAGAACAACCACCUGGAGGCAGUCCGCUACCUGCUGAGGGCAGGAGCCAUCGCCAGCCACAAGGAUGUGGAGGGGUUCACUUGUCUCCACCUAGCUGCUAAGAUUGGCCAUUAUAACAUCGUGGAGCAUCUCCUCUCCACAGGACUCAUAGACAUCAACUGUCAGGACGAUGGCGGUUGGACGGCUAUGAUUUGGGCAACAGAGUAUAAGCACCUAGAGCAGGUGAAGAUGCUGCUCAAUAAAGGGGCUGACAUCAACAUCAGGGACAAGGAGGAGAACAUCUGUCUCCACUGGGCGGCGUUCUCUGGCAGUGUGGAUAUUGCUGAGCUCCUCCUAGAGGCCAAGUGUGACCUCCAUGCUGUCAACAUACACGGGGACUCCCCUCUGCACAUCGCUGCACGGGAGAACAGGCUCGAAUGUGUCACGGUCUUCCUGUCUCGUGGGGCGGAUGUCAACCUGAAGAACCGUGAGGGGGAGACGCCGCCAGACUGCUGCAGCCACAGUUCCAGGGUCUGGCUCACCCUGCAGACUAACAGGAGGGUGAAGGAGGCCAGGAGCAGCACCCAGGGGGAGAAGGUCCUUAACAGAGACAUAGCCCGGGGGUAUGAGGGAGUUCCAGUCCCCUGUGUCAACUCAGUGGACAGUGAGCCCUGUCCAGACAACUACAAAUAUGUCCCAGACAACUGUGUCACCUCCCCCAUGAACAUAGACAAGAACAUCACACACUUACAGUACUGUGUGUGUAAAGACGACUGCUCCUCAAGCAGCUGCAUGUGUGGCCAGCUUAGCCUGCGCUGUUGGUAUGACAAGGAUGGUCGUCUGCUCCCGGAGUUCUGUCGUGAGGAACCGCCCCUCAUCUUCGAGUGUAACCACGCCUGUUCCUGCUGGAGAACCUGCAAGAACCGUGUGGUGCAGAACGGACUGAGGGUCCGGCUCCAGCUGUUCCGGACCAGUCGUAUGGGCUGGGGGGUGCGGACACUGCAGGAAAUUCCCCAGGGAACCUUUGUGUGCGAGUACGUGGGGGAGAUAAUCUCUGACGCUGAAGCAGAUGUCAGGGAAAACGACUCCUACCUGUUCAACCUAGACAGCAAGGAGGGUGACGUGUACUGUAUCGACGCCCGUUUCUAUGGCAACAUCAGCCGGUUCAUCAACCACAUGUGCGAGCCGAACCUGUUCCCCUGCCGGGUUUUCACGGCACACCAGGACCUGCGCUUCCCCCAUAUCGCCUUCUUCGCCUGUGAGACCAUCAAGGCUGGGGAAGAGCUAGGGUUUGACUACGGUGACCAUUUCUGGGACAUUAAGGGGAAGCACAUUAGCUGUGAGUGCAGCUCUCCCAAGUGCAAGUACUCAGCGGCGGUCAUCACCCUGCGCCAGGCAGACAGCUCGCCCCAGGACCAGCAGCCCAGCACCCUCUCUACCACCCCCUCCUGAGCCUCCUCUCCCAGCCCCACAAAUAGGACUUCCAGGCCAGCGGAGACGUGUCUCCAUUCCCCCCCAAACACAAUUCCCCCCCCCAGGCCCUGAGCCGUACAUACCCAGACACCCCACCUCCACCCCCAGGUGAACCAUCACCACAAUGAACCUUCAGGCCCAUCACUGAGAUCAACGAUCAACCCCACAGAAACCCACCUGCUUAAUGUCUCAUCCAGCUCUUACAUCACAUCCUUACCAGCACAAACUCUGAACUUCUACUGAAACUCCCCCUCAGUGCAGGACACAUUGGACAGGAAGCAAGUCUGUAUGUUCGUGUGUCUGAAGCGCUAUGAAUAAAAAUGUUGGAGAAAAAAGGCCUUGCUAUGAGCCUAGCUCUUGUGUUGUUGGUUCCAAAUGGAAUUCUCAAACCUGCUUUGUGCUCUAUCCUGGAAAGUUGCAAUCUGGGUAAUGGUGUUUCCUAGCCAGUGGUCUGAAUCAAGUUUGUACUAAGCAACAAUGUAUAUCUAUCCAUGAAAAACAUUUUCACAGUGCGAAAGGCAUUUGUAGCAUGAGCGCCCUUACCCCCUCACAUCAUACCAUAGAAAUGAGCAAUGUUCAUGCACAAUUUAUAACAACUGACGUAUUUACCUCAUGCUAUAUUUUGAUUGCAAACAGGACAGAGGACUUAAGUCACAAUCGUAUGUUUUUACUGGACUACUUCUCUUGAGCAUUUCUGCAGGAAAAUAAUGGUCAGUGCUAGAUAUCAAUGAUAAAAAACAGACUUUUGAAUUAUCACUUUAUAUUUAAAUAAUACAAUUUUAAAUCACAUUUUCUAUACAGAAUAACAUUAAGCCGAGUGUAUUGUAUACAGAACAUCAGAUAUCAGGUUAUGGAAAGAGAACUAUCAAUUUAAAGUCAAUGAGGACACUGACCAAUCAUCUCACUGUUCUGUUCAGAGGGGGUAAAGUAGACCACACAGGAGUGGCAGAUUUUCUUCUCCGUUAUCUGGCAUGAAUUCUUCAAGACAAUGGUCCUUUUCUAUUAGCUAUUUGUCUAAUGGAAACUGAGUAUAUGUGUAUAUGAAGGAUGGUGUGACAUUGAAUGGCCAAACUAAGGGUGUCAUGAUUGAGGAAUCCGGUGCACAAGUGUUUAGGUGGGAGUUGUACAGUUUGCCAUACUGUACCUGCAAAAUUAAAGCAGAUGGAUUUUUUUUUUUAUCUGCAAGAUUUUUAAGCAUGUUUGAGGCUGACUCACUCUUUUGAACGUUGAGUCAAAAAUAUUAAUUUGCCACAAUUCUGACGGCUUUAAAUGGGAUUGAAUGUUAAUGGGGUGAGACUCAAGCAAAUGGUGCUGACAAGGCUUUCUUUUCCGUUAUUAAUUUUGUAUUACUCACCAAGUGAAUACAAGUUGUAAAAUAAGAUAAAGAAGCAAGCUUUUCUUUUUUACAUUUAAAUGUACCUCCAGUUUUCUAACUGUAGUUACUGUAGUUAUUAGCCUGUUAAAAUUUUGUUCCAUGAUUUCAUGUUGAUGGAAACCUACACAUUAUUCCCAUGUCUUUAAAUGUGGUUAGUAUGGUUAGUGACUCUUGUGCAAAUUUUCAAAGGUAUGAAAAUAAAAAGGUUAUAAAACAUGAAAAAUGUAUCCAUGUUUUCUGGACUGUGAAACAUCUAAUUGGUUGUAUCGUUCUUUUUCAAUAAAUGUACUACUAAUGGA